AUUUCCUGUUCUCAUGGCACGGCUCUCGUUUGUUCGGUGUAGGGGACAGGAUUGAGGUGACCUGUGAAUAAAACUUAAGGUCUUCAUCCUUCUCCCAUGAUCCGCCUCGUUACAGGCACCAACCGCAAUGGCUUCCAAAUAUACCCCCGCAGGGGGGCUUCAAGCCUCAGGGACCGAAUUAGAAGAGAAGAACGAAAGCAAAGGCAACAGAAUCUGCAGGAGGAGAGAGCCGCUCAGGUUAUUUCCACCAAAGGUCAGCACUGGAAGGAGAAAGAGGUGAUAAAGUAUGAAAAGCACACAGAGCCGGGAGACAAGAAAGAUACGUCCGCGCCUCUUCCUCCUUCCUAUAGCCCCGGCUAUGUUGAGGCUGCGUGGUAUUCCUGGUGGGUUAAACAAGGAUUCUUUAAACCAGAGGUCCAGAAAAUCCAGCCGCAUGCUACUCAAGAAACCUUCGCUCUUUGCAUCCCUCCACCAAAUGUCACGGGUUCCCUGCAUCUUGGACAUGCACUGACUGUGGCCAUUGAGGACUCGCUUGUCCGCUGGAGGAGAAUGAAGGGUCAGAAGGUCUUAUGGGUUCCCGGUUCAGAUCAUGCUGGAAUUGCAACACAGGCCGUGGUGGAGAAGAAGUUGUGGAAAGAACAAAGUCUUUCACGCCAUGAUCUCGGUCGGGAGAAGUUUUUGGAAUCCGUCUGGGAGUGGAAGGAAGAGAAAGGUGAUAGAAUUUAUCAUCAGCUCAAAUCCCUUGGCGCUUCCUUGGACUGGGAGAGGAGCUGCUUCACUAUGGAUGAAACAUUUUCCCGGGCGGUUACCGAAGCGUUUGUCCAGCUAUAUGACGAUGGUUUGGUUUCUCGUCGGCGACGUCUCGUGAACUGGUCCUGUACUCUACGCUCUGCUAUAUCUGAUAUAGAGGUGGAGAGCCGACCCCUGACCGGGAAGACGAACCUCUUUGUCCCAGGCUACCAAAGAAAGGUUCCCUUUGGCCUCCUGUUCAGCUUCGCUUAUCCCACAGAGGAGGGAGGUGACGAGAUAACUGUAGCCACCACUCGACCUGAGACCAUGUUGGGCGAUACAGCGGUGGCCGUCCACCCAGAUGAUUUAAGAUACCUGAGAUUUCAUGGAAAAAGGCUACGUCACCCGUUUUCAGGGCGUUUAAUCCCAGUUGUUACCCAUGAACUUGUCAACCCUGAGUUUGGCACAGGAGCCGUAAAGGUGACUCCUGCCCACAGCCUGGUGGAUUUCGAGAUGGCGCAGGCUCUUUCGCUACCCAUGGUGUCUGUGAUUGGGGAGGACGGAGCGAUGACGGAGGCUGCCGGAGACUGGAUUCAGGGGGUGAAGAGAUUUGAUGCGCGGGAACAAGUUCUCUCUGCGCUAAAGGAGAAAGGUCUUUACAGAGGGGACUGUGAACAUGCGCUGCUCCUUCCCAUCUGCAGCCGCUCCGGCGACGUGAUUGAACAUCUGCUGAAAAGCCAGUGGUUUGUCAAUUGCGAUGAUAUGGCGCAAAAGGCUCUAGAGGCUGUGGAUUCGGGACGUUUGAAGAUGACCCCAUCGUAUCACCAGAAGAACUGGAGGAACUGGCUCUCGAACAUAAGCGAUUGGUGUGUUUCACGUCAGCUUUGGUGGGGACAUCAGAUUCCGGCUUAUUCUGUGACGGUUCAGGGGACGCGGCCGGAGCAGAACCUCUGUGGUGAGACUGAAGGAUUCUGGGUAGCUGCCCGCAGCGAGGCAGAAGCCAGAAGAAAAGCAGCUGAGACUUUGGGGAGACCAGAGGAGGAACUUCUUCUAAAGAGAGAUGAAGAUGUUCUUGAUACUUGGUUCUCAUCAGCUCUUUUCCCCUUUGCCAUGCUGGGCUGGCCAGAGCACACCCAGGAUUUCCAAGCGUUUUAUCCGAAUUCCCUUCUGGAGACCGGGAGCGAUUUGCUGUUCUUUUGGGUGGCUCGGAUGGUAAUGUUGGGGGAGCAGCUUACGGGACGCUUACCGUUCAGAGAGGUCCUCCUGCACUCUAUGGUCAGAGAUGCCCACGGUAGGAAGAUGAGCAAAUCUCUGGGCAAUGUACUUGAUCCUCUAGAUGUGAUGACUGGAAUAUCGUUGGAGGGUUUGCAGCAAAAAUUAAAAGACGGGAAUUUGGAUCCUCGGGAGUUGAAAGUGGCAGAAGCUGGAUUGCUGAAAGACUAUCCGCGGGGGAUCCCGGAGUGCGGGACGGAUGCUCUGAGAUUCGCUCUUUGCUCCUACAGAGUCCAAGGGGAUGACAUUAACCUGGAUGUUGCUUCGGUCCUUGCUGUUCGCCAUUUCUGUAACAAAAUCUGGAACGGGGUGAAGUUCGUGCUUUCUGCUCUUGGCGAGGAUUUCGCUCCCGUCCCCAUGGAAGAGCUCAGGCCGUGCGCUCCCGUGGACCGGUGGCUGCUGGACCGUUUGCGGCAGCUGACGGAGGAAUGCGAGAGGAGACUUCAGACCUACGACAUUCACGUUGCCGCCGGAGCCAUCCAGGCGUUCUGGGUGCAGAUUUACUGUGACGUCUAUUUGGAAGCCGUGAAACCCGUCUUAAAGGGACCUCAUGCUUCUGAUGCUCGCCAAGUGCUCUACCGGGGAGCAGAACUAACGCUCCGUCUGCUCUCCCCAUUUACACCUUUCUUAUCGGAAGAGCUAUGGCAACGACUCCCCUCGGCCGAUGUAAUACGGGCGCCUAGUGUUUGUGUGGCCGAAUACCCCAGCCCCCUUCACACGGCUCAUUGGCUGUACCCCGAGGAAGUCCGCCAAUUUGACUUCGUCCAGUCCGUGAUCCGAACGCUGCGCAACUUAAGAAGCGAAUACAAUAUGACCAAGGCACGACCGGAAGUCCAUGUCUUCUGCUCCCUACAAGAAGAUCUCCAGUCUCUCCAGGCGUUCCUCGCACCACUCCAGACUCUGUCCCUCUCUGGUCCCCUUCAUCUCCACCUGUCACAGGGAGAACUUCAGCACGGUGACCCUCCUGGGUGGGCCAUAGGAGAAGUGACUGAAAACUGCCAUGUUCAUCUAAAUCUGCAGGGUCUUGUUGAUCCUCCUUCAGAUCUCAUCAAAUUGAAGUCCAAGCAUCAGAAGUUAAAACGCGAGCUUCAGGAAAAGAUGAGGAACAAGACAGAAGAUACUGAGGACAAGUCUCUUCAGCAGAAAAUCUCUAGAAUCCAGCGUACCAUAGAGACUUUACAGCGCAUGAUAGGAGAUGGAAACACUUUGCAACCAUAAAACUCCAUAGUGACGCCGUGUGGUCACUGUGUGUAUUGCAGGCUAUUUUAUCCAGUGUUUGGCAUCCUGGGAGCAAUGUACUAUAAAUUACUGUGAAAGUAAUAAAACAAAGAUUUUACAAUUUUUUUCAU